AUGUCUUCAUGUGUUCUUUUCAAUCCUAUCUCUUUUAUUUUGGAAUAUUCUGUCGGUAGCCGUGGGUUUUGUAUGGAUCAGCCGAGUAGCCUGGCGCUGCAGUGUGGAGGGACACCAAUUAUCAGCCACCUUUUCAUUUUCCAUUCACCGGCAAUCCCCAGAUCUAUUCUCAACCACUCACUGUCCAGCCUUUCUGCAAACACCUUCCAAGAGGACAUUUCCACCUCGUUCUCCAAAUCGAUCCAGGCUUGGUUAGAUGCAAUCCAAUUCGGGUGCAUCACCAUAACUCAGAUCACCUUCGGGAUUCUGGUCUCUUUGUGCGGGUCCUCCCACAUGCCUGACUUCCUUUGUCGCCAUGCAUCCAUCCGCACUCUGAAGGUGCCAUCUGCUCCGCCUCGCGCAUCAUCUCUCGGUCUAAGGAAUGACCAACAGGCCUUGAGAGUCCAACAAGUGUUGACAAUAAUCGACAUAUCAGUGGUUGAAGCUGAAGGUACCGAUACAAACGCUCAAAUCAUUGAUCUCCAGAGAGGUCUGUUCAUCGCUGCCCCAACAGUACUAAUGCAAGGCUACAUGUUCCCUAAUGCCUCGACCUGUGAUGCUCUCCAGCAUUAUCCUUGCAAAGUUGGCAAUUGCGACUGA